AUGAUACCACAUCCCUCCGCCGGCGUCCAGCCAUGGGGCCGUUCCGUGCGCGCCCUCAAUAACGGCUCAGGACGCGUUGAUGCGUCUCAAACUGUGGGUCUCCCUGACCCUCAGUUGGAGAAGUCGUCAAUGUCCAUGCCGCAACCGCUACCCCGACAGCCGGCAGUGAUCGAUCUCACAACCAACACCACCGAUUUUCAGGACCGAGAACCCCCUGCUAAGAGGCUGAAACUAGACGUGCCUUCAGGAUCCUGUCCGGUUGAGGGAAGUCCAGCGCCUGGAAGUGGAGGAGAAGCGAGAAGCACCCCAGGCACCGCAAGUUCAAAACCGAAUCCGCUUUCCUGGCGUGGUCGGCCUGUAUGGUCAUUCCAGGCCUUGGUUUCGGAGACAACUGGGGCUGCGGAGGCGAAAGAAGAUGACGCUGCUUCGCAAGGCAAGAAUCCCGCAUCACCGCCUCCUUUACCUCUCGUCCCUUGGAAGUAUACUCCGCAGGAACCCUCCGGAAGCAACAGCGCAAGACCUCCCGAUAUUGCGCACACAAAGGAAGUGCAGACCACUCCAUAUCGUAUUGUCGUUCCCCCGGUUGCGCCAAGAGUGAAAGGGGAGAGAGUUGCGGACUUUUCCCCUUGGACAGGCAAUCACCCGGAGGAUACCCUUAACGACCAUACUGCGAAACAAGGCCACUAUGACCGAACCCAGGUCUCACAAAAUGAAUCGAAUACAGCACGCCCGUCCCUGUAUGCGCAGUUGAAGCAUCGCUCCGGUCUUCAAAUGCUCUCGUCCGUUUUUGCCGCUGCCCUCGAGAAGCGUCAAAGUCAUAAUACCGUCACUGCCCCGUCGAGUUUCAAGCCACCUCCCCGCGUCACGUUGACCGAUAACAAACGCGAGGCUUGGCUUCGGGACCUCGCGAAUCCGUCCGUCCCCUUGCGCAGGCUGAGUCGGACGAUCCCUCAUGGUAUUAGGGGCAAGGUGUUGCUCGAUCAAUGUCUCGGCAAAGGCAUCCCGGUCCCCCGGGCCAUAUGGUUGGCAAGGUGUGUCGGUGCCAAUGAAAUUCGUGCCUUUAAACGCAAAGGCACAAGCGGGGCGCUCGCGUUGGGCCUCGAGACUAAAUGGGUCCGCGACUGGACAUCAACUGUCCAACAGUUUCUCGAGAGCGUAAUCAGCACUUGUGGAACUUCGGAUUGGAAAACAAAGAUGACAUAUGCUGUCAGCUUAACUUCUCGUUUGUUCUUCGAACGCUUGCUAGACCAUGAUCAGUAUCUCGCGUGGUUCUUAUUGUCAUUAGAAGCCGCACCGCUUAAUACUGUGCCUGUUUGGCUAUUGAUGCUCGGCAUAUACUGGAGCAAUAUCAUGCGAUAUAGAAAACGUGGUCGACGAUUAGCCGAGGUGUUACUGGACAAGCUGCACCAGAUCAAACAGCCUGGACAGCACACAGCCUUUGAGCCGUUGGUGGAUCGCUUAUCCCGCUGCGUAAGGAGACUGGUGCUGGAGCAUACAUCAUCUGUCAUACUUCCGAAUUCGUGGGAGAAGUACAAGGACCUGGUUGCCUCGUGCAUGAAUCUGAAAGAAACGCCUGACAAGACAACAUUGCAGAAUCUUGCCGAGCGUAAUGCACGAGUCCAGCUGCCUAGCAGUCACCAAGACACGGCUCAACGGUUACCUCAGCAACAUGUCAUUCACCUGUUCGAUUCCAUACGCUCAGCACAUGACAUCUCCUCUGCCUCUUCUACCUGUCUGGGUGCUGUAGAAGACAAGGCCUCUUUGGUCUCGAAACUACUUGAAUGGGCAGCUACCCCCUUCCGUCAUGGUUCUCGCCGUGUGUAUACCAGCGUUCGCCUGCUGCGAAAAUGGAAGAUGACGGGGAUGGAUGUUGAAUCACACAUUCUCGCUUUCCUUGCCGAUGUUCAGAUAACCAGCCGAGUGAAUAUGGACAAUGUUUAUCAUAUCAUUGCUGAACUUGUCCGGUCUCAGACGUUCUCUGUCGGCAGGUACUUGCAAUGGCUGAUGGCCAAAGGGAUGGCGAACGAUCCUUUGCCUGGUCAACAACAGGCUAUCUCAUCUGACCUUCGCCUUCUCGUACAACUUCCCUUGGCUCGCCUUCCGGAUUAUGUGCGUAAUCUCCGCAAUACGCUGUUAAGCCGCGCUGGCAUGCUGGCCUCGCAGGAGGAGUCGACCAUUGCAACCGUCAAGGCGUCCAUCGCUCAACGGCUUCCGAAAAUCUUCGGUGCCCAAAUCAGUGAUGCAAUGCUGACUGACCUGUCAUUACCGAGUUUAACGUGGGCCGUCAAGUCCGAGAUUGGUCUGUGGAUUCGUCGUGGAGUGUCUGGACACCACCGCGAUCCAGUCAGGAAAUACGCCCAUAUCCCCAUGUUAGCUGAUGCUGGUGUUUCUGCCCUUACUCCCAGCGAGUUCUACAGUAUUCGGGACGUCCUGGAAAGCUUCGGGGAUAUCUCGAUGCUCGCAGACGUGCUCAAGCAGGCGACGAAUUGCGACGACAGCAUUGUUCUGGCUUCCGUUGCGGACACUGUCAAUUACCAUUUCGACUCACUGUGUGUUAUUGGUGCUGCAACCGAUCUCUUCAAGGGGCUCGUUGAAUCCUAUGCUCGCCUUAAGAGACUUGGGGCGCCCAGCUUGGACCUUAUCUUCUCGUUGAUCGAGUUAGGGCUACGAAUGCCCAGCGAGUUCAACACUGUUGCUCUUCUGCGUCAGGAUCUGUCUCGGAUUGAGCACAAGUCGGCUCUCGCUGCGCCGUCCCCUCUCUCGGACCAUAUACCGAUGGGCUUCAGUGAGGUUGACUCUUCGUUCCAGGAAAAGCUGGAUCAGAUUCUGUUUUCUGGAGGUGGAAUGGAUGAGUCUACUAUGGAUUCCAUAUUCAAUUCGUUGACUAGAGCGUUGGGAACUGAACAUGGUUCUGUCAAACUGGCACCGAAUGACAUUUGCAGGUAUCUGGCUUACCUGAGGUCCUUCCACCCUAAACGCUUCGAUGCAAGGCUGGUUCGGUGGGUCUGUGGGCUUUUGAGGUCACCGUCGCGGUCCGCAUUAGUCCGUAUCCUUCCUCCUCUGAUUGGGGUUGGUUGCGUUACCAUCCAUGCCUUCGUGACGCUUGUAAAGAAGCUCUUGCAAUCGGAAAGGGUGGCCUCGGUAGUUCCCAAGGUCACCGACCUGCGGCUGGAUCUUCUUGAACUUCUGGUUCCACGGGGCCCGGACCAAAGCCGCUACGCAGAUAUGGUGACAUACCGCUAUUACUUAGCACAGCAGGAGUUCAUUGACAAGCAUCCCGAGGAAUGCCUGGGGAUCAUUCGCGAUGCUGUGCCGUUGAUCAAUACUAGAUAUCCUGAGGUUGCCGGUGUAUCCGACCAGACGGACCUUGUGAACUGCGCCAUGAACUUGCUUCAGACCCUCCUUACGCAGAAACCGGAACGCAUGGUACAAUGCUGCAUGCAGAAAUUUGUAGGCCAGGACUUGGCUUCCACAGCGCUUCUACAAAAGGCGCUCGAUACGCUUCUUGGCUUCACUUCACAAGAUCCCCAAGCUAUGCCUGAAGCCGAGAGAGUCAUUUGCAUGAACAAUGACUUCUCGCUCCCCAUUUGUCAGUUGAAGCUUCAGGUCCUGUUUAAUGCAGAAGCGGGCAAUAAAGUCGAUAAUGGUAUCGUGGACGUGAUGUUCAAGGCUGCAAUGGCCGAUGCUCGCUCCAAGCGGUCCCACUGGUACGGUCUGGUCAGUCUGAUGAGCCAGGAUGCAGUGCGACAGAUUAGGGAGCGAGCUGAGAAGGGGUUCUUUUCCGUCCCUAUGCUCGAGGAGCCCAUCGGCGAUCCUACCGUCCCGGACCAAUCGAACUCCAUCGAGACCGCCCGACUUUAUCUGACAAUUGUCGAAAAGCUGGCGCACAGCAUUCCUGAAGCCGGUUCGCAAUCGGUUGCGCCUGUCCUGGUGGAGCGAAUGGAGCUGCUACUUCAGAAAUUUAUCACCAUGCAGCCAAACCUGUCUGGUGCCGUUGAUGCCAGUCAAACAGCUCAGGUGCGCUCGAAUUUCGAAAGAAGCCUGGCAUUCUGGUUCUCGGCCUUGCUCCGACUCGUUGUCAUCCACCGUGCAGCAUUUACCAUGCCGACAUUAGCACCCAGGCUGAAUGGCCUGCAAGACCAAUCUCGGAUCUUGAUAUCCAUCUUCUGCAUCUCUCUGGCCCGCCUACCCGACCGUGUCAUUCGACUCUACCCGUCGGCCAAUUACUUCCCCCAUCCGGUGCAGUCCGAAAACUACCGCCCUUGUCCGGGAAUUUUGCUGCAGACCCAUGCCUUGGAUGUCGCAGCAGCGCUGAUCGAUACGUUUCCGGACGAGGCACGGCAGCAAUGCGCCCGGUUUCUCCGGGAGAAAUGCCCCCCUUUCCUCCAAUUUCAGAACGACUCCCGGUUCCUCUAUCUUCUCGGUCCCAUGAUGGAUACAUCGACUUCCAACCCUCCCCAACCUGCAUCUCUACCGUCUCCUGCUGCCGGUGGUUCAACUCCCACGCCGACUGCAAGUCUUUCCGGCGGGCCACCUAAUCCACAGCAGACGAUAUCCUCAGCUCCUUCAGGACUCCCUGCUGGGUUAUCUGAAGGCGUCAACUGCAUCGCCAGUCAUCUCCGCCUUCAGUACCGCGGCCGUGUCAUUGGCGCGUAUCCGGUGCGUCCCUGGGAACUGCUCGAAGACGCGGCUCCGAUUGUGGGAAUGAACGACACGGCCGUGAGCCUGAAAUACUUUGACGCCCGCCGCGUCAGGGCUUAG